AGCAAACGUACAAGAGGAACACGGCUCGUGAACCCGUUACACCGCCCCUAUCUCCAGCUUUGAAGCCAGUCGAGCAACAGCCGUACGAGCCGACUUCUUCCGAUUCUGCUUACCAAGUUCCCCUAGCUUCAAGUCCUAUCUCUCCGACGAAGCAAGAGCUUGAAGCUCUCGAGAAGAUGAUCUUCGAACAAGAUAUUCCUACGCCCCUGCGAAUACAUACAAAAACCAGCCUUGAUGAAGAGCCAUCAUCGGACACACUACCGAACGACUUAGAUGUCAAGCUAAGUGAUAUUUUUUCAGCUAUGGCAUCGAUGGAGAAUACACCACCUUCGUCGGAAGAGAAGCGUGUCAAGCGUGACGACCUGAAACUCGAGGAACUCAUGACGCCUAGCAAAUCUGAUAUAUCGUUUCCCAAGUCUGUACGCUUCAACGAUGUUAUCGAGGAGAUGCUUCUUGACCCAUACAGUCGUUCUCCGUCCAAUGACUCUGUGCAGAAGCUCAUGGAUGAAACCUUAGGGGAUGCACUCCGUCAAGCGAAUCAGCGAGCUGAGCAAGAGAAGCUGGUUGCAGCAGACGUCAAUGCCAGAGUGGAUGUGCCUAUCAUGGAUUUCUCGAAACCAGAUCCUCCGUGGAAGGAUUUUGAAGGAAUACCAAAUCAAGCCACACUAAUGUCGAGACAAAUGUCCUUCAUUCGAGAUGUAAUCGGCCAACGGCUCCCCAAAUUAUUACAUGCCGGUCACAAGGAUAUCAACUUGAAAUGGAGUCCAUUUCCUGCAAGCCUCGCAAAAAUAGCAGUAGAGGAACAUUUCCCAGACGAUGACAACAACCUCCAGACGUUCUGGAAGGACAUGGAAUCGGGAGAAAUAAUUGACAGUUCUAGUCUGACUUGGAAGCCAGAGGGACUGAGGAUCUUGAAGGACGAUGAAGAUGAUGAAGAGAUUGAGUGUGGUACUUUUCGGACAGAUACUCCUCGAGACCUCUCAUCACUGGUCAAGAAGAGAAAGUUGGAGUUGCAGGAAGAGAAUGAAGCCAGGGAAGAAAUAGGACGGAAGAAAGUCGCUCCUGCCGCUCAGGACUUGCCAAUCACUAGACAGCUGGCAAAGGACAUGGGAAAUUCCAAGGAUGGUAGACACGAAAAGUCAAGGAGCGGUGGAGGAGCAGAGCUGGGAUCAUUAUUCGGGGAUGCUUUCUCAGCAGAAAACUGCCUCGACAACUUUCUCGAGGUUCGUGGUUCAAAGAAAGCGAAGCUCACAGACAGUAGCUACUUUGGCACAAAACCAGACAAAGCUCAGUCUGCACCAGCACCUCAACGAACAAUUACACCACAGUUGAACACCACACCAUUGGCGCUUCGAAACUCUCCAGUUGCAAAGGCUCCUCCAUUACCAGCGCCUUCGCUACCAGAAGUCCCGCCAUCGACCAGUAUCGUCGUCUCAUCAACAUUGUUGAAACACCGAAGUCUGAUCAAAUAUCUCGAACGCCUAUUACCAGCACUCAACAUCAUUGAACGAGACUUCAUAGCUCACAACACUACGGCAUGGCUUCCCGGAUCAGUGACCCUUUCUCCAGUAAAAUCACCACUUGACUCAGAAGCCGAUCUUAUCGUUUCGCCGUCUACGGGUAUAGUGAUCACUACCCUGCAGAAAAUCAAGCAAAAGCCAUUGCCGGGACAAAAGAGCAAGCCAGCGAUCCGAGAUCGAUUGGAGAAAGUAAGCGGCAGAUACGAAAAACUUAUCGUCUUGAUUACUGAAGGCAGAAUUGACGAAACCACACUCGGAUUGGAUGAGAGUGAUUGUCUCGCGUACAGCGAAUUUGCUGGUUUUGCCGCUGGCUUCGAGACUUCGAUUACAGUACUCUUUGUUGCAGGUGGUGAGGAGACUCUGACAAAGUGGUUGGCGAGUACGAUUGUCCAGCAUUGUGUAGCUGGUGAGUCGAGCCUGCUGGCUGAUGAGACGCAUUGGGAGUUGUUCCUUCGAAGAGCGGGAUUGAAUGCUUAUGCAGCUCAAGCCAUCCUGGCGGAAUUGAAGGCACCGGAUGGUGUUGACCCUGCUAGUCCAUUGAAAGCUGGACAGUUCGGUUUGAUUGCCUUUAUUGAGAUGGGACGAGGGCAGCGGAUCGAGAGGUUUGCUCCGUUGUGUGGCAGGGUGUUGGUAGAGAGAGUGAGUGCUUUGAUAGAAGGAAAUUGGGAGUAAGGUGUAGCUUUCAAUAUCUGAUACAGAAUCUAUAGAGCCGCCAGAUGAAGGAAGAAGUAGCUGGGUGCUCCCAUGAUGGCUGAUUGCGGCGAGUCUGAACUUCUCAGAGAAUCUUGCUUGGUAUUUGCUUUCUGUCCCUUAGGGACGUAUUAGCUCAAUGUAGCGUCUGUCAAGAGGUCGUGAACAUUUUGAUCCAUAAUGUUACGCCUUGAAAAGCUUGACGGAAUAGAU